AAUACAAGCAAAGCUUAUUCUUCACUGAAUAACAAUGGCAGAGAACUUAGAGAAUGGGCAAGGAGAUCAUCACUUCACUAAGGAUGGCACCGUUGAUCUCAAGGGCAAUCCUGUUCUUAGGUCUAAGAGAGGUGGAUGGAAGGCUUGUUCUUUUAUUGUAGUGUAUGAAGUAUUUGAGAGGAUGGCAUAUUAUGGGAUAUCAUCGAACUUGUUUAUUUAUUUGACAAAGAGACUUCAUCAAGGAGUGGUUGAGGCUGCCAAUAAUGUUACUAAUUGGGCAGGGACUGUAUUUUUAGUUCCUCUUGUUGGUGCUUAUAUUGCCGAUGCUUAUCUUGGGAGAUAUUGGACUUUUGUUGCGGGAUCUGUAAUUUAUGUAAUGGGAAUGUGCUUGUUGGUAAUAGCAGUGUCCAUACCAUCACUAAGGCCACCACCUUGUGCAACAACAUGCAAACCAGCAACCACAAUGCAACUAGCCAUCUUCUUCUCUGGCUUGUACAUACUUGCACUUGGAAAUGGUGGCACCAAACCAAACAUCUCAACAAUGGGUGCAGACCAAUUUGAUGACUUUGAUCCCAUUGAGAGGACUCACAAGCUCUCUUUCUUCAAUUGGUGGAUGUUUAGCAUCUUUUUGGGCACUCUCUUUGCCAACACUGUCCUUGUUUACUUACAAGAUAAUGUGGGAUGGUCCCUUGGUUAUGGUAUCCCUUUGCUUGGCCUUGCUGUCUCUGUUUGUAUCUUCUUGUUUGGGACUUCUUUUUAUAGGCAUAAGGUCCCCCAAGGGAGUCCUUUUACAAGGAUGGCUAAGGUUGUUGUGGCUGCUUUGAAGAAGUGGAGGGUUGUUGUUCCUAGUGAUCCUAAGGACCUUCAUGAGCUUGACUUGGAGGAGUACGCAAAGAAGUCAAAGACAAGAAUUGAUUCCACUGAUUCAUUGAGAUUUCUGAACAGAGCUGCAGUGAAAAAUGGCAAGACAUCUCCAUGGAUUCUAUGCGCAGUGACACAAGUAGAAGAAACAAAGCAAAUUUUCAGAAUGCUUCCAAUUAUCAUCACAAUGUUCAUCCCAUGCACAAUGAUAGCUCAAGUGAACACUCUGUUCAUCAAGCAAGGAACAACAUUAAACCGACACAUCGGUCCUCAUUUCCAAAUCCCUCCGGCGAGUCUCGCCGCAUUUCUCACAAUAUCCAUGCUUGUUUCAGUCGUCAUUUAUGACCGAUUCUUCGUGAAUUUCAUGAGAAACAUUACUAAAAACCCCAGAGGAAUCACAUUGCUGCAAAGAAUAGGAGUUGGAGUGUUCAUUCAAUCAUUAAUCUUUGUGAUUGCUGCAUUUACUGAAAGAUGGAGACUAAGUGUUGCAAGAAAGCAUGGAUUGGAAAAAGGCGGCCAAGUUCCUUUGUCUAUAUUCAUAAUUCUGCCUCAGUUUGUUAUAAUGGGAAUAUCAGAUGCAUUCUUGGUUGUGGGAAAGCUUGAGUUCUUUUAUGAUCAAGCUCCAGAAAGCAUGAAAAGUUUGGGGACAGCUUGUUCUUUGACAGCUUAUGGAGUUGGGAAUUUUCUAAGUAGUGUUUUACUUUCAACAGUGACUGAAAUCACAAGAAGGAAUGACAAUGCAUGGGUGAUGGACAACCUCAAUGCUUCUCAUUUGGAUUAUUAUUAUGCACUCCUUGCUGUUCUUAGUUUUGUGAACUUCUUGGUCUUCCUUCUUGUUAGCAAGUUUUAUUCUUACAAAGCCGAAGAUUUUAAUAAGGCGUAAAACCGGUCGAUCUCUAAUGGCGUUGUGUUAUGUACUCGAUAUCGAUUGCAUAUAUAUAUAUAUAUAUGUAAUUGUUUCUCUUGUUUUAGAGUACAAUUGAAACUUAAAUAACAUUAUGAAGGUGUGUUUGGAUGCAAAAUUUUUUUAUUUUUUUUGUGCUGAUAGAUGUUUUAA